AUGGGACUUCAUUGUGGUGCAGCAAUCGAGCGUAUCAGUUGCUCAAGGCAUGACUUUACUGAUCAGCAGUUUCAUACUUUCAAUGGGACUCAAGGACAUACAGUAGCUGAAGCUUGGAUUUCAGAUAUCCAACUGCUGCACGACACACUCAAGUGUACAAAUGAGAAAAAGUUGACAUACACCGUAUUAAGGCUAACUGGUGAAGCCCUUAAGUGGUGGAAGUCCCAGGGUACUAUGACAGUGGAACAAUACUCAAUUAAAUUCACUGAGUUAGCCAGGUUUGGUAUUAAUCUUAUUCCUGACGAAGUAUCAAAGACGGAAUGUUUUGAAAAUGGCCUUAACUCUCGCAUCAAGGAAAGAGUUGUCUACCAUGAGAUUAAAAACUAUGCUCGAUUAGUAAACAUAGCAUCCCUUGCUGAGAGGGCAAUUCGUGAGACAUCUGCAACUUACGAACAUAGGAAACGGUCAAUGCCUCAGGCAUCCUAUCCCUCCAAACGAUUUGUCAUAGGGACUAGCUCCAAACCGGCGGACCACAAGAUUUUUCCUCCUCCAGUAGGAAAUCAGAAGGCUGCUUGUCCCGAAUGUGGAAGAAUACAUUUUGGAGAUUGCAAGAGCGAAAGUACCAGUUGUUUCCGAUGUGGUCAAAGGGGCCAUUUUAAGAAGGAUUGUCCAAUGAAUACUACGGGAGGAGCUGGAGCACAAAGGAAUGACUUCCAACAAAGAAGGCCUGCUCAAGCGAGAGUAUAUACGUUGACCCCCGUAGAUGACGAUGAGAAUGAUGAAGCAAACAAUGAUAUAGUGAUAGGUACCAUUUCUUUAUUUGGUACUCUUGCGUGUACUCUCUUUGAUUGUAGAGCUACACAUUCAUUCAUUUCUGCAGUAUACGCUAAGAUUUGUCAUAUUAGUACACGACCAUUAGGGCAAGAUUGGUCGGUACAAACACCAGGAGGAGAAAUGAUAAAUGAAUUACUAUCAUCAUUGAGGGAUGAGUAUAAGCAUAGUCAUGUAGAAUUAAAAUAA